AUGGAUCUAAGUGGUAAUAAGAGGGAAGAGCAGAGCUCGAUUGACAAGUCCAAAGCGGUAGCGACGUAUAUUGAGGAUGUUGUUCAGGUUCAGGAACCGGGAUCUUCCAGUUUGCAAUCUUUUGGAUCAGAUGAGCGGAUGGGGGAGAAGAUUGGGCCGCAGGAAGGGGUUGGUGUGGAUGAGUUCGGCAGAACGUCUAUUUUUGUAACUCGGCGCGACAUUCCGGAAUCCUUGGCGCAUUUGACUUCGCAGGAGCUCGAGACGUUGUCGCUUAAGACAAAGCGCAGGCUUGAUUUACGGAUUUUAAUCAUGUUAACAUGGAUUUAUAUAUGUAAUCAUUUGGAUAGGACUAAUAUUGCGUCUGCGAAGUUCGGAGGGCUUGAAGAAGAUUUAGGGUUGAAUUCUAUCAAGUAUCAGACGGUGGUGUCGGUGUUGUUCAUUGGGUAUACUACUUUUCAGAUACCAUCUAAUAUUGUAUUGAAUAGAUGUGGGCGGCCUGCUAUGUUUAUUAGUGUUCUUAUGAGUUGUUGGGGGAUUGUUUCUACAUGUUGUGGGGCUGUUCGGUCUUUUCCGGAGCUGGUUGUUGUGCGGAUUCUUAUAGGGUCAAUUGAAUCGGGGUUCUUUGUGUGUUGCUUAUAUUACUUAUCUUGUUGGUAUACACGGAAGGAAUUAGCAGCUAGAAAUGCGAUAUUGUUCAGUGGGUCGUUGCUUAGUGGGGCAUUUUCUGGGUUACUUUCUGCAGGGAUCAUUAAGGGCAUGGAUGAUGUUUUAGGGUUGCGUGCUUGGAGAUGGUGUUUUAUUCUUGAAGGUCUGUUAACUGUUGUUACGGUGCCGCUUUCGUAUAUUAUUUUGCCUGAUAAUCCUUCGAACACCAAGUUCUUGAGUCAGAUGGAGAAGGACAUGGUGAUGUGGAAGUUGAAAAUGGAUGUCGGUGAGAGUGACAAUGACAAGGAGGUUUUGAAGGAGCAUAAUUCUUAUAAAUUUGCAAUUAAACUGGCGUUUUCGGACUUGAAAGUAUGGGGGAUCGCAUUCACUGUGAGUUUAUUGGUUGCAGCGUCAGGGGUUCAAAACUUCUUCCCAUCUGUUGUUGGAACAUUGAACUAUGGAAGGAUCACCACCUUGUGGUUGACUGCUCCCCCAUUUUUCAUUGCUGUGGUUAGUACAUUUACGUGGGCAUGGCACUCUGACAGGACUCAGGAAAGAUUUUGGCAUGCGCUGGCGCCAAUACCAAUUGCGAUCCUGACUUUUGUUGUGGCUGCAGCUUCUACUAAUACUGCAGCGCGGUAUUUUGCAAUGUGUUUAAUGCCUGCUAGUAUUUAUUCAAGUUACAUUAUUGUGAUAUCGUGGAUGUCGAUCAUAGUACCUAGGCCGCCUUUGAAACGUGCUGUCGCGCUGGCUACGAUGAACACCGUUGCUAAUAUAAUGUUAAUAUGGAACGGUUACUUGUAUCCACACUCGUCGGCACCAAGAUACCUCAUGGCGAUGACGUUUAAUGUUGCUGCUGUAUCAGGUGCUGCUGUUCUAGCGUGUCUGUUGCGUCUCCGCCUCAUCUAUCUGAAUAAGGAAAUCGCUAAUGGAACGAUGGAUUGGUACAAGGAAUUAGGAAAUGAUGGGUCUAACGUACAUAAGGAUUUCAGAUUCAUGCUUUAG